CUUGAAGCUCGGAUGCCAGUAAGUGCAGCAGGUGAAUGAUUUACUGCUUUUAGUUUACCUUCGCAGCUUGGUUAUCAGACACAAAUAGCGAAUACUGUGCGUCGAAAUGUCCCGUUGCUUGUAACGGGAUCCCUUGUCCAAAAUAAAUCAAUACAAAUAAUAAUACAAUAAAAUAUAGAACAAAAGUGGAUAAAAGAGGUCGAAACCACGCCGGGAGCCUGGAAUUAGCAGGUGAGCUGUGAGAGGAGGAACCUCUGAGGUGGAACCAUGUUGUCGGGGGAAGAGAUUCUGUGCAACACACAGCAGGUGAUUGCAGGCCUGGAGGCACUGAGGGGGGAGAACUGCAGUCUGCUGGAGAGCCUGCAGGAAGCGAUGGAGAGCCGGCCAGCCUCAGAGAGCGGCAGUGUGGAGCAGGAGAAGAGUGGCAUCAUCCGCCAGUCACUGGAGAGGAUCGAGUUGGGGCUGGGAGAGGCUCAGGUGAUGAUGGCACUGUCGGCUCACCUGGGCUCUCUAGAGGCAGAGAAACAGAAGCUGAGAGCUCAAGUGCGUCGUCUCUGCCAGGAGAACCAGUGGCUGCGGGAUGAGCUGGCUGGAGCUCAGCAGCGGCUGCAGGACAAAGAGCAGGAGCUCGUCACGCUGGAGGAGCACAACAGACACCUGAUGUUCAUGUCCUCCAUACGUAAAUAUGACCAGGAGGAGACGCCGCUGGAUGACAAAGACAUGACUUCCACCAAGGAGUCUCUGGAUGACCUUUUCCCCGCCGAUGAGGAAGAGCAGUCACCGAUGUCGCAGCCUCACCACAGCAGUGCAGCAGCAGCAGCGCAGCAGGGCGGCUACGAGAUCCCAGCCCGCCUCAGAACCCUCCACAACCUGGUCAUCCAGUACGCAUCACAGGGACGCUACGAGGUGGCUGUCCCACUCUGCAAACAGGCCCUGGAAGACCUGGAAAAGUCCUCAGGCCACACCCACCCCGAUGUCGCUACCAUGCUGAACAUACUGGCACUGGUGUACAGGGACCAGAACAAAUACAAAGAAGCAGCGAACCUACUGAACGACGCCCUGGCGAUUAGAGAGAAAACUUUGGGAGUUGACCACCCAGCCGUGGCAGCAACGCUGAACAACCUGGCAGUGCUUUAUGGGAAAAGAGGAAAAUACAAGGAAGCCGAGCCUUUGUGUAAGAGAGCGCUGGAGAUCAGAGAGAAGGUCCUGGGCACCGACCACCCAGACGUGGCCAAGCAGCUGAACAACCUGGCACUGCUGUGUCAGAACCAGGGGAAAUACCAGGAGGUGGAGCAGUACUACGAACGAGCUCUGCACAUCUACCAGAGCCGGCUGGGGCCCGAUGACGCCAACGUGGCCAAGACCAAAAACAACCUGGCAUCGUGUUACCUUAAACAGGGGAAGUACAGACAAGCCGAAGCUCUUUACAAAGAGAUCCUGACUAGAGCUCAUGAAAAGGAGUUUGGAUCUGUAGAAGGUGACGGUCGUCCCAGCUGGUCCGGGGCAGAGGACGGCAGCUCCAGGCAGGACGGGCUCGGCAGCCUGAGGCGCAGCGGCUCCUUCACCAAACUCAGAGAGUCGAUACGGCGAAGCAGUGAGAAGCUCGUCCGCAAGCUGAAAGGAGUUGGAGUGGAGGAAGAAGCCCCAAGGAAUUCUGGAAUGAAGAGAGCCAAUUCUCUGAACGUGCUGAACGUGGGAGCCAGAGAGAGUCAGCAAGCUGGCCAGCUUUCAAGUCAUUGGACAGAAACACGAGUCCUGAGCUCUAGCACCCAGAGCCUGGCAAGACGAGGCUCGCUUGGCGGGACCAGCUAACACACACACAGACACACAACUCUGCAUGAAGUACCCCACAUCAACUCUUCACACUUAUGUACACAGGAAAUUCUGGUUUUCAAGCCCUCUGUGCCACAGAUGCUGUGUUCUCAUGGCUUGCUAAAGGCCAAAGUCACAUUUUUUUGGAGCCAUGGCAUGAGAAGAGCAGAUUUGUGCUACAAAGAGGUAAAAACCAGAUUAUUUGUUGUUGUAUAAAUCCAGCCGUGUAUUGACAAUCAGCUGUCCUGCUGUAUUGAUGUUAUCCUGCAACACCGCUUUCCCUAAGGCUGGGCGAUAUGGACAAUCAAAUAUUACAAUAUUUUUGACAGAAUACAUUGUAGCAAUGGCAAUUGGUGCUUUCAUAAGACGUUUCACAAUGGGAUUUUAGAUUAAAAAAAAAAAAACAUAGCUAAUGUGGAUAUGAAGACUGGGGAGAUAGAGGAAAAUAAGUCCAGUAACUUU